GUGGUGGUAGUGGGCACCCCGAAGCGUAGAGGCUGUGGGUAGGUCUCUGGGCGCAGUCGUCAGGAGGCCACGGUUAAGAUGGCGCGCGAAUCAUCACUGGUAGCGGUGGCUGUGGUGCUGGUGGGCGUGCUGGUGGGAGGUGCUUCUGCUGUCUUUCCCUAUGGCUACUACGGCACACCUUCUGUCCUCUAUCACCCUUACUACAGUGCCCCGCCCAUCUCCCAGCCUGUGACAUACACCGGUUUACCUAUGCGUCCCAUUAGUUUGAGAGCAGAAGAGGUGAUGGUGCUGCCGUGUCCAGGGGAAGGCUUCUUCGUACACCCUACCAACAGUUCUCGUUUCUAUAGGUGCGUGGACCAUACAGGGACGGGCCGGUUCUUUGUGAGGUACAUCUUUGAGUGUGCACCUGGCUUUGUCUUCAACCCUGAGCCAAAGGUCCAGACUUGCAUUCCUGGGGCGGGCUCAGUCUUAGGCUCCACGCAACCACCAACCACUGGGCCCCCUACAGACGCUCCAGUGCCUUCAACAAACCCUCCUGUCACACCUCCUUCUUCCACAGAUCCUCCCGUUCCUUCUGUACCUCCCACAGAUCCUCCCGUUCCUUCUGUUCCUCCUACAGAUCCUCCCGUCACACAGCCUCCAGUCACAGAUAUUCCCGUUCCGCCAACAGAAAGCACCGCUCCUCCUACCCCAGAUGAUAAUUGCAAGGGGCAGUACGUGCAGCAUGAGAUGUACUGCAACGUGUAUCGACGGUGCAACGACACGAGCAAGCGGUACAUGUGUCCUCAGGGUACCGCGUUCAGCGAGCAGCGGCAGAUGUGCAGGAUUGGCGCAGCGGACGAGGAGCUGUGUGUGGGCAAGAUAGUGGCAGCCGUAUCGUCCCAAUUACGCACUGAGCUGGUGGACGGACACAUUCUCUUGCCAGAUGACGCCGUGCUUGUGCCGUUGCUUACCUCUCCUCUCACAGCAAGUCACGUGGCACCACACAUACUAACCCUCAGAACCCCAAACGUUCCCCAACCUCAUCCUUACAAUUUCCCUUCCCCUGGCUCUAGUUUCGCUGCCAUACCCUAUUCCACUGUAGUUAAGCCCCAGAGUCUGUCCCUAGUUAGGCCACGUCCCUUGACAUCGCCAUACGCAGCUACAGGUUACGAUUCUCAGUCCGUGACAGUGAACAACGUUAGGAAACCGCAGAAACACUUGCAUUUUCCGAACUUCUUUCCCUACGCCCAAGGGGAUUCGAACCUGGGAUACGGGAGUCCUUACUACAGGGAUCCUAGUACAGGUUACGGGAAUCUUCCUUUAGGGUACCAGAGCCCUCAAGUAGUUCCAGGGAAUCCUAACUUUGCAUACAGUCCUCUAUUUCCCUGAAAGGAGAAUGAAGAGGAGGAGAAAGGAUGAUGGAAAAGGUAAUGAAAGGAAAUAAAAAAGGAAUAAGAGAUAGAAGGGAUUAAGGAUAAAUACAGCAACUAAAAGGGUAAAUUAAAGAAAAAAUUAAAAAAGAAUUAGAGAAUGGGAGAGUAGGUGGGUAGUAUGGCGGCGGCGGCGGUGGUGGUGGUGGGAGGUGAACUGACGCAAGUUUAUUGAAGGGGAAAGACUUAUUAGGUAAGUGAGAGAGAGAGAGAGAGAGAGAGAGAGAGAGAGAGAGAGAGAGAGGAGAGAGAGAGAGAGAGAUAUGCAUACUCUAUGAAUACAGACGUAGGCAUUAAUACACAUCCAACCUUCCCCUCCCCAUAGAAAAAAUAUGCUGAAAAAAAAAAAAAAAUUGCAAGUACACAAAAGGAAUUGCUACUACUACUACUACUACUACUAUCACAACAACAGCAUUCAUAACUGCCCCCAAAAAAGUAACAAACACACCAUAACAACAGCAGAAUAUCAAAGAGCAGAGUAAAUAAACCAAUAACAAAAAAAAAAAACAAAGCACAACAAAUAAACGACGAAGAUAAGACAAAAACUAAAAAAAAAUAAAUUAAAAAAAAAUAAAUUGAAAAAAUAAGGAAAAGAAAUUUGCAGUGACAUAAAAACUAAUCACAUAUAAAAGAAAAAAAAUAGAGACACUAACUUUCGAAAUAAACAAAAGAAAAACAAAACCUAAAGGAACGCACAAAAUAUCGACAUCACCAUCACCGCUUCCGUUAUUUCUCCGCUCCCUCUUUGCUUGUAUUACUAUUAUUCUUCCUUUAUGAACAUACGCACAUUUAGACCUAACAAUAAAUUAAUGUACCAGAAUAAACAAAAAAGAACCAUGCAAUAAGCGCCACUUUGUUACGAUCGGAGAAAUAAAACUCUGAAGGGGA